GAGAGAGAGAGAGAGAGAGAGAGAGAGAGAGAGAGAGAGAGAGAGAGAGGGGUCGACCCGAUGGGAGGAAGGAAGGAAAGGAUCUCUCCGCCGGCUCAAGUGCGCGAUUAAAGGAUCCCGCGUGAAACAAUAAACAAACAUAUGAAUCAAAGCUCAUAAUAAUAUUAAUAAAGAGAGAGAGUGGAGUAAGUACUCGGAGGCGCGCCGCCGCGCGUCGUGGACGCGGACAAGACAGCGGCGGUGCGCGCUGGAAGCAGUGGAGCCGCGCGUGGAUCUUCACUCAUGUUCCUCCAAACUCUCGGCGAGCUGCCGUGAAACUUUUCUGGGGAACUUUCUCUCUGCGCCUCCGCCUCCCGGCCAGCCCCGGAUAGAGGAGAGAGGUGGAAGUGCACGAAGGAAGAGCGAGGACUUUUUUUUUUGUUUUGUUUUGUUUUGUUUUGUUUUCUGGUUCCUUCCGAGGAGUCCAGCUCGCCGUCGCCGGGGUUUAGGCGUUGGCACCCGGGCAGGGAGUCUCUCGUCAUGGCCGGGGCCAAGCCGGGAGUCCACGCGCUGCAGCUCAAGCCCGUGUCCGUGCACGAAGCGCUGAAGAAGGGGGGCAAAUUCAUCAAGUGGGACGAGGAGCCCAACAGUGGGCCUCCCACUCUGGUGACCCUGAAAGUUGAUCCAGAGGGAUUCUUCCUCUACUGGACUGGAGUGUCAAACCUGGAGGUGGAGAUCCUCGACAUCAGCACCAUCAGGGACACUCGGACCGGAAAGUUCGCCAAGCAGCCAAAGGAGCCGAAGGUGCGCGAUGUGCUGGGCUUCGGGAAGGAGAACGUGGAAGGGAAGCUGGUCACCGUCGUCCACGGCAGCGACCUGGUCAACACCUCCUUCCUCAACUUCCAGGCCAUGCAGGAGAACACGGCGAAGAUUUGGACGGACGAACUGUUCACUUUGGCCACAAACAUCCUUUCCCAGAAUGCAUCACGAAACACCUACCUUUUCAAAGCGUACACCAAGUUAAAGCUUCAAGUGAACCAGGACGGGAAGAUUCCUGUGAAGAAUAUCCUCAAGCUGUUUUCCGAUAAAAAGCGAGUGGAGACGGCUCUGGAGCAGUGCGGCCUCGUCAAUAACCGGUCGGAGGGAAUCAAGCCUGAUGAUUUCACGUGGGAGGCCUUCCAGAAGUUCCUCGACAGCUUGUGUCUCCGACCAGAGAUUCAAAGCAUCUUUGAGGAAAGCGGCUCCAAGAGGAAGCCCUUCAUCUCUCUGGACCAGUUGAUGGACUUCAUCAACCGCAGGCAGCGAGACUCCCGGCUGAACGAGGUGCUCUACCCGCCCCUGAAGCGAGAGCAGGUCCGGCAGAUCAUGGAGAAAUACGAGACCAACAGCAGCCAGCUGGAAAGAGACCAGAUCAGCCUGCAGGCGUUCAGCCGGUACCUCGGAGGGGAGGAAAACGGCAUCGUUCCCCCGGAGAGGCUGGACGUCAUCGACGACAUGAACCAGCCGCUGUCCCACUACUUCAUCAAUUCCUCGCACAACACGUACCUCACAGUGGGCCAGCUGACCGGCCUGUCGUCGGUGGAGAUGUACAGGCAGGUGCUGCUGACCGGCUGCCGCUGCGUCGAGCUGGACUGCUGGAAGGGCCGCCCGCCCGACGAGGAGCCCUACAUCACCCACGGCUUCACCAUGACCACCGAGAUCUCCUUCAAGGAGGUGAUUGAAGCAAUCGCUGAGAGCGCUUUCAAGACCUCGCCAUACCCCGUCAUCCUGUCCUUUGAAAACCACGUAGAUUCAUUCAAGCAGCAGGCCAAGAUGGCCGAGUACUGCAGGACGAUCUUUGGAGACGCUCUGCUCAUCGAUCCAAUGGACAAGUAUCCGCUGGUCCCGGGUCAGGCGCUGCCCUCGCCUCAGGACAUGAUGGGGAAGAUCCUCAUUAAGAACAAGAAGAGGCACCACCACCACCGGCCGUCGGACACGAGCGGCAGCAUCAGGCGCAAAGAGCACGGGGAUCAGUCGUCGCCCAAUAACGACUGUCCUCUGACUAAACACGACGGAGGCCAGCUGCUGUCCAACGGCGAGGAGAAGAUGGCCGAGAACAUGAUCAAAUACUCAGAGCCUCGCAAGUCGCUCGGGGGCGAAGGAGAGAGCGAUGACGAUGACGAUGACGAGCCAGUGACAGAGCUGAAGAAGCCGAACAGUGACGAGGGCACCGCCUGCAGUGAGGUGAACGCCACGGAGGAGAUGUCGACGCUCGUCAACUACAUCGAACCUGUCAAAUUCAAGAGCUUCGAGGUGGCAACUAAAAGGAGAAAGUUCUAUGAGAUGUCUUCAUUCGUGGAAACUAAAGGCAUGGACACCUUGAAGAAUUCCCCCAUUGAGUUUGUUGAGUACAACAAGAAACAGCUGAGCAGGAUUUAUCCCAAAGGGACGAGGGUGGACAGCUCCAACUACAUGCCGCAGCUCUUCUGGAACGCCGGCUGUCAGAUGGUGGCGCUAAACUUCCAGACUCUUGACCUUCCCAUGCAGCUGAACAUGGGGGUGUUUGAGUACAACGGCGGCUGCGGCUAUCUGUUAAAGCCUGAGUUCAUGAGGAGGACGGACAAACACUUUGACCCGUUCACUGAGGACACGGUGGACGGGAUUGUGGCCAACACGAUUAAAAUCAAAGUGAUCUCAGGCCAGUUUCUGACAGAUAAAAAGGUGGGUGUGUACGUUGAAGUGGACAUCUUUGGACUUCCUGCUGACACGAAGAGGAAGUACAGAACCAAACCGUCUAACGGGAACUCGCUGGACCCCGUCUGGGACGAUGAGACGUUUGUUUUCAACAAGGUUGUCCUUCCUACUCUGGCCUCUCUAAGGAUAGCCGUGUUUGAGGAAAAUGGAAAGUUUAUUGGCCAUCGGAUCCUUCCCGUGUCUGCUGUCAGACCUGGAUACCACUACAUCAACCUGAAGAAUGAGCUGAACCAGCCCCUCCUGCUGCCCUCCCUGCUGGUUUGCACUGAAGCUCAGGAUUACAUCCCCAAUGAACACCAGGAAUACGCCGAGGCUUUGAUCAACCCAAUUAAGCACAUCAAUCAGUUGCACAAGAGGGAGACGCAGCUGGCUGUUCUCAUCGAGGACAACAGUGAGCAAGUCCACAACCAGCAGAAAGACGGAGAGAACAAUCGAGAGUCCGGCCAAAAUCUAGGUUUUCCCUCCUCGCCCUUACAGCCGCCGCCGUUUCCACUGGACGAACCUCCAGACAUCCACAAGCUACCUGCACCAGCGCAAACGCCGAGGGAGGACCUCAUAGCCACUGUUCUCGGAGACAUCGAAGUGCACUCUGUGGAAGACCUCAGGCAACAGAAGAGUUAUUUGAAGCUGCUGAAGAAACAGAGCAAAGAGCUCAAAGAGCUGCGGAAGAAACAUCUGAAGAAGGUGUGGAAUCUGAGUAAGGAGCAGAAGAGUCGGAAAAGCCAGCUUCAGUCCGACACCCAGAGGAGACGCUGUCAGAUGGAGAAACACCUCAAACGCAGCAUCAAGAAGAACGAACCGCAGGACGGCGUGGAGCACGAGCUGAUUAAACUAGAGAAGGAGCUGGAGACGCAGACGGUCCAGCUGCGGGAGUGGCAGAUGAAGGAGCUCCUGAAACUUCGGCGGGAGCUCCACGAGGUGGAAAGAGCGAGGCAGGAAGCGCACCUGCAGGAGGCCUUCCAGAAGUUGAAGGAAACGGCCCACGAAUGCCAAGCAGCUCAGCUGAAAAAGCUCAGGGAAACGUGUGAGAAGGAGAAGAAGGAGCUCCAGAAGAUCCAGGACAGGAAACGGCAGAACAGCAUCAGCGAGGCCAAAACCCGCGACAAGGACAAGGCUGAAACAGAGCUGGCCGAGAUCAACAGGAAACACAUUCAGGACUCCGUCUCUUUAAUCCGCGGGCUGGAGGAGGCGCAGACCAGGAGGCAGGACAAGCUGGCGCUGAGGCACCGGGAGGUGCUGCAGCACAUAGAGGAGGAGCUUCCUCUGCUCCAGUCGCGGCUGCAGAGGGAGCUGGAGGAGCAGCAGCACCGCCUGCCGGAGGAGAUCUGCCAGCACCUCCACCUGGAGCUGCAGAGCAAGGGCCUGGGCCGCGACGCGCUCUUCUCCGCCGUGUCCAACCACGGCAGCCCCGGCUCGGGCUCCAACUGCUCCACGCCCUCCUUCCCCUCCACGCCCAGCCGCGGCUCCUGGAGCACCAGCAUGGACAAUAGCACCGCCUCGCUGGCCGACUCCACCUCGUCGUCCACCACGCCCGUCCUGUCGGAGGCCGAGAUGUCGUUCGGUUGAAGUGUACAGAGGAGAAAACAAACAUUCAGCCGGGGUCUGUAAUGAAUAUAAUGUGGGAUAGUGAUAUUAGAGAUUAUUUACUAAUUUUAUUGUUGGUUUUGUUUGUUGUUGCUGCAACAUUUUUUAUAAUUUGCUUUUAUUAGAGGACUUCAUCCAAAUCAUAACCAAACCUUUUUUUUUUUAAAAAAAAGAAAGAUUUAUCUUGCGUUUAUUUUUUAUUGUCAUAUCUUUUCCUUUUGUUUCCUUGCAGCUUUACUGUUUGUGUGUGUUCAUCAAGCUUUGCUGCAUUUGUUUUUGUCAGAACACACAUUUUUAAAUCAAAUUUUUAACCUUUUUUCCUUUUUAGGGAGAGCUUUAAACUGUGGAGAAACUGCACCACGACCAUGAAUGUUUAAGAAAUUAAAGAAAAGAAAACCAGGAGUAAUAUCAUGAGUAGGGGAAUUGAACAAAGAGCAGGGUAGUUAGUUAUUAAGAUGUAAUUACAGUAUUUGACCAGCAAGCGGUGCUGCUGCCUCAACUUUUUGGCUUUAAAUUGGUGGUUUGGUUUGUGUGUUCAUCCCCUCUGAUAAUCCAGUUACACACACACACACACACACCUGUCUGUCCAGGAUUUGCUGCAUCAUUGUUGGAUAUAAAGCAGCUGACCUUUGACCUCCAGUCAGAUUGUGGCGUGAGGUUUUGCGGGGUCGUCCUGCGUCCAGCUGGCCGCAAAUUACGAGAGUGUAGGUUUGUGAGCGAGUGAGGGUUUUAAGUGACGUAAGGCCUUUCUCCCUCUAAAUCAUGUGUGAGCAGACGUCUCUCGCUGACACACACACACACACACACACACACACACACACACACACACACACACACACACACACACACACACACACACACACACACACACACACACAGAUGCAUUUUAUUGGUCCAGAGGCCCAAAGUCUCUGAAAUCCUCAUCCCAUCCAAUCUACUCCCUGUCUGACAAACAACACACACUUGUCAAGGACAGGUCUCAAUAAAAAAAAACAUUUUUUUUUAAAACAGAGAUUUAAAACUCCACAAGGAUGUGUGUGUGUGUGUAUGUGUGUGUGUGUGCAGCCACUGGUUAAUCUCUUGAUGAGGCAUCUGCUUUUGGGGACAGUAAUACUUUCUGCUUAAUGGAAGAUGCUGCUCUGUGUGUGUGUUUUGUGUGUGUGUGUGUGCAGUUCUCUGUCAGCCUGGAGGAGGACAUCAGAUGCUAAAUUAGCAACACUACUGUAGGAGACAGUCCUCUUAAAGCUGCACUAUGACAUCUUAAUGUAAAAAAUGUACUCGCCUUUUUUUUUUAAAUUUUUUAAAAAGUGGAAAACACUCGAACGCAUCUCUCCUUUGUAUCUGUGGCUUUUAAUGUGGAUUUAAGUGUUUUCUGUUGCUUUAAUUUCACUGAAGCCUGAAGCGUUGAUUCAGUUUCCUCAAACGGAAGCAGUUAAUGUAAAUAUCAGGAUGGGAAAUAUUCUGAUCUCUGCUCCAGUCAAGUGUUGAAUGUGGGAUUUGUGAUGGUACGUUAAGUUAAAUGUUUUGUCUCUACCAAAGCUUUGCUGUAUUUAUUCCCCCCCCCCCCCCAGUCCCUGAAAUCUUACUGCAGCUGUCUUUUUUUGAGGGGUGAGAUGAUGGUACUGUGUGUUUGUAAUCUGCGUUGAUGUUUAGCUGUAUGUGAAUUUUACUACUGACCUAAAGUGCUGCUGAAGGACGGACGUCAGAGAGGAAGAACUAAGUGUUUUUUGAACCUCUCUCACCUCCGUCCCUCGACGAGCACCGACUGCCUGUCUGUCUGAUCGCCCUCGAAAACACAAAUCUGUAAACAAUCGCACAUCUAAAACGGAAUUUUUUUCCAACUUCUUUGAGUGUUAAAUGAUGGAAAAUGUUUUCAUUUGUUUGUCCCUUGUCACGGAUUCUGUAUGCACUUGGAAUCUUGCAGCUCUGCUUUGUCCAUUUUUUUUUUUUUUCUUUUUCGUUCCUCCCUCCGAGCCAAUACUUGCUGGUUUAAUUCAUGGGUCAUUAGUUGGACGGCCACAGCAGCCUCAACCUGCAGGGGUCGGCGCUUUCCCCCCCCCCCCCCCUCCAAAUGCCAAUACCGACCUCCGAGCUCUGCUCAUUUAACAGAUUGCGGGCCGGUUCGCCUCGGCGACGCCGCCACCCCGCACGCUGUGUGUAAAUGAUUCCGCUCCACCGUCUCAUCCUGGACGCUCAUUUCCAUGAUGUGCUCGGAGGACGUCGACACAUUCCUCACAGGUGGUCCGGCCCAUUCCGGGUCCAAUCAAACAUCCCCUAUCAUUAUUGAAUGCACUUUUAGCUGUUUUUGAUGUUUGUACAAGCCUUUUUUUUUUUGUUUUUUCUCUGUUAUGUGAACAUCAAUACAACCACUUUCCAGUGAUUUUCAACUUUUUUGUGUGUGUAAAGUAUCAGUACUUUCUGUUGCCAAAACUGUUUGGGUAAAUUCUGUAAAUCGUCUGCUGCGCUUUGAAUAUCGAUGCAUUUGGUACGAUCGAGAAACGCAUUUUUGGUUGCGACAGGAUUACAAAAAGCUUUAAUCAAACUGUUUUUGCAGAUGUUUGGAAUCCACGUCACAUGUAGUAGCUACAUGCAUGGUACAAUUAGACAGUUUUUCAGCAACAUUUCAGUUUAAAACUAUCAGAAAAAUAAAAAUAGUGAAUGUGUUUGAUAGACAAAAAGCCCAAACCAAGAUUUUAAUAACUGAAAAUAAUUUUUUUUCUUCAAAAUUUUGAGAUGAUUGUUUCAAAGGACCUGUUUGUUUCCCUCUUGAGGCUGUUGGAUAAAGGGGAUUAAAUCUGGUUCAGAUUAGUUAAAUUGAAAGUGCUUAUUAAGAGAUCCAGUCUCUGUUGCAGUUAUCAUUGGAUUAAUCAGUACAGCAGAUGAACUGUAUUCAAAACUGAACUUGAAGCAAGUUUAUCUCGUUUUAUUUUAGGUAGUUGACCCAUUAGUCUCCAAAGAAUGUAAGCUUUACGCAUUUUUAAAACCCUGCUGUGGAGAGAAUAUCAGUGAUUUUAAAACCAAAAUUUAUGAAUCAACAUUUUUUUGGUAACAGUUUUGCAGCUUUGCAUUUAAAGUGUUGCAUUAGCUUUAAGAAAAGGAUAUAUACACUGAAAUAUGUCAAUUACUAUAAAUAAUCAGGGAACUACUUGAUUUGUCACUAAAAUACAGACAAUAAAGUAAUAUAACAUCCAUCCAGCCAGCACGUUUAUGAAGAAUUUGGCUGCGUUUAACAAAUGUAUAACGCAAAAGGUGAUUAGAAGCUGAGUCUGAAGUUUGAAUAUUUCUGAUUGAUUAGAUCGACCUGCUGGUCGAAGGAUUUUUCUUUAUAAAUCUAGUUUUAAAGGAGAGGAGUAACUGAUCGCUGGGUUUCCUGCUUUCCUUUGCUUCCUGCUCCAUCACGCCUGACUGAGACCACCGGCUUGUUUUCACGGUCCUACACAUUUUGAUGAUUGUUUCUUUCUUUAUUUGUAAAUGUGGUGUGUGACGGCAGGAAACCGUGUACCACAUGCAGGGCAGCCGCUCCCUGAGGACCAGGGUCGAUAAACACUGAAGCAGUAGCAUCGUCACCUUCCAGCCUCAGUAAACGCCACUAUUUUUACAAAUGGGUUUAUGGGCGGUUAAAUGAUCUGUUCUUUUCCCGAAUUAGGUGGAGAAGUUAUAAAGAAAUCCCAGUUGAAUCCAUGAUUUUCCUGCGUUGGCAAGUUUCCUCCUCACCAGAAUGUGGCCUGGAGCUUUAACCUCUCUGAUUCCUGACCUGUUUGUGUAAAACUCUCAUUUAAAAAACAAGCAUGGACAAUAAUCACUCGAACAAUAAUCACAGCAGCGUACGAACAGAGGCCGAACUCACACAGACACACACUCCUGGACUUGGCUCCUGUGAGACAUUUGGUGUGAGUUUCAUCCCGGGGCUCCGCCCUCAGGACUCUGGCUGCCAUGUCUUCGUCUCUGUCCCAUUUCCUCGCCUCAAGUUUUUUUUUCUUUCCCCCCCUCCAGUAAUGAGACCAUCUUUUACUUUUGGACUGCUUAAAUUAUUAAGUGUUGGCUUCAAAAUGGUGAAAGAACACAUUAGACAAGUCGUCUAGCGAGUCGUGGUUUUCGGUUUCCUCAACACUGUACAUGUAGUGUAUAUGAUUGUCGGACAUAAAGGGAAUACUAUACAACGGUCCAGAUGUAAUAUUUUAUUGUUCCUUCGUAAUUAAUAUAAACUGAGUAUUCAGUAAUAAACUUCUAACUUCUUAUGGAG